AUGGGUGUUUUAGUGGUGUUUAUUAUGACACGAAUAUCAUUUUCGUUUCGAUUCCAAAGUCUGCUUCUUAUCUCGUUGAUACUGGCGUUUUUCCUCUUGGCCACGGCAUUAAAUAUGAUCUGGUUACUAGAUGCCCGAGAAAACAUGAAGUGGCUCGUGGGGGCCUACUCGCUUCUACAGCUUAUCUCUGUAAAUUUGGUCUACGAGUUGCUGGCCAACUGGAAGUUGUUUGACCGUAAGGCUGAGAAUAGGGGAAUAGUGGGACGCGAGGUGAGAAUUGUGGAGGCUGCCGAAGCCGAAGCUACUGGAGCUACUGGGGCUGCCGAGGCUACCGAGACUGCUGGGGCUACUGAGACUACUAGGGCUACCGAGACUGCUGGGGCCAAUGGGCCGCAGGAGCGCUUCUAG